AUGAUACACAAAAUAGAAAAAUGUAUAAGACAUGCGUUCCUAUCCAAUAAAAAUGGAAUGGGAAUCCUAAUCUAUAUCUGCCGGUUGGAAAAUCCAGAUCUUCAACAUGUAUGUAUCAGCUUAGAUUUUUGCGCUUUGGAUCGAUACCGGCUUAUUUGGAUCGGUAAGUGCUUUGGAUCUUGGAUUUGGUAUCAGUUUCUUCAGCUUUGGGGUACUGGAUCUUUUGGCAUUGGACUUCGGACGUUGACUUCUUGGACUUCUUUGGUUGGAUUUCUCAACAUUGAACAGCACUUGGCUGUAGGUCAGCGUCUUGGAGUAUUUUCUCUUAGAACGAUAAGUGUCUUUGGUGGGACCUUCGGAACCAAAGGAACUCCCUGA